AUGGUUGAUGAUCGUACAGCUCAAUUAUAUCAAAAAAUUACACUUAUAUCACUUUGUGCUAAUUAUAAAGGUACAAUCUCGUGUAAUAGUCUUAGCUGCAUAAGUGAUGUACAAAAGCCAUUACAAUCACAAAAACGUAUUCAUCAACGAAAUAGUAACAAUAAUAACAAUAACAAUAAUAAUAAUAAUCACAAUGAUUCGAUAGUUAAAACAAAUCGAAAAUGGCAACAACAAAUAAAAUUUUAUGUUUACGAUUUAAGUCGAGAAAAAUUGAUUAACUUUAUUUGUGAUGCUGAAGAAAAAAGAUUAUUAUUAUUUAACAACUCAUCAGAAAAUAUCUACAAUCAUGGAAUACGAAACGGUGAUAUUCUCGUAUUUUUAAAUGGAAAAAACACUAUCUCAUCACCAUUAGAACAAAUUAAAAAUGAUAUCGCGAUUUUGUAUGCCCACAAAGAAAAGAUUAUUGUUGGUACAUGUCGUUUGCCGUCGGAUAAAUCCUCUCCUAAUACCAUUGCCACAACAGUAUCUUAUCUUGAAUCAUUGAAAUUUGAUGAGUUUUCUAAUCUUGCUACAAAUGAUCUUGGAAACAAGCUCAUAACGAAAACAAAAUCGUCUGGACAACUGGGAGAAUCACGAAAUAUAUUAUCAUUAUUAAAUCCAUUUACAAAAAGGCGACGUUUGUUAACUAUGAAUGGAGAACAAAAAGAUGAUGGAGAUUCGGCAAUUGUUCUCGUUCAAAAAGAUCUCAGUCAAAAUCAAAAAGCAAAAAGAAAUCCCAGUCCAAAUCGAGAUAGUGGAUUCAUUGAGACGGACGGUACAAAUGCAUCACUCUUAACACAGCACAGCGGUAGUUCAAGAUUAAGAAGUAAAACAUCUUUGGAAAAAAGUGAUAGUCGAGAUGAAUUAUUUGAAUCAUUACCACCAUCAUUAAAAAAUGGAAUUUUAAAUUCAAACAAUCAUACUGGUGAUCUACUAACAGCCACUACUCCAGAUACCAUUACAGUCAUGCCAGAAAUUUCUGGACUAAAAUAUUCCGACUUAUUAUCUGAAAAAUAUAGAAAAUCUCGUCGUGAACUUCUAACAACGUCAAUGACGGAUGCUUGUAAUAUUUAUACGUAUCGUUCAAAUCCGGUUCGUCAUCACGAUGAAGCUAUUAUUCUACGUGGACGUGAAAUUGCCUAUGAAGCAGCAAAUGCUUCUUCACAAAUUUUAUAUGAUAAUAAGUCGAUAACAAAUGAAAUUGAACAUAAAUAUCGUUUCCCAAUCGUACAAAGUUAUACAAAAGAUCAGAUACGUGAAUUGUACGGUGAAUUAGAUGAAAAAACUCGACUUUUAAAAAGAAAUCAUUUCACAAAACAAUACCAACAACCACCGAUCGAUGCUUGGGAUGAAAAAUUACUUUUACCUUUUGCAAAUUUAGAUACAUAUUGUGUUAAACGUACAGAUUUUAUACCAAAAGGGAAUUGGGAUAUUGAUCUACCAUGGGAACAAACACUGCCGAAUGGGGAAAGUAAAAUUAUUAAAGGUAAAUUUGAAUGCCCAUUACCAAAACUUCGUCUUGACACAGACAAUAGUAAAAAUCAUGAUUUUUUAACAACUGGGUUAUCAAAUCUCCGGCCAGAUACAUUACAAUCAUUUUCGUCGUCCGAUAAACAAGUAUUGAACAGAAAUAAUAUAAAUAUCUCGUCACCGUAUGAUGAAUUAUCUCUAAAACCAAUUAUUGAAGAAGAUCUCAAUACUAACUCGCCUGUUCAUUCGGUAAAAGGCAACUUCCAAACAUCUCCAGGAUCACCGUUGUAUGAUAAUAGAUGUAUGAAUGUAUUCAAUCCUAAUCCCAUCACCUUCUCUGGAACACCAACAGGAGAACAAAAAAGUUUUGUUCAGAGUAUACAAGAUAAUAACAAAGCAGCAACAACUGAAAUGAAUUCAUCAGAACAAACCGAUGAAAUACACGAUAAACCACAAAAACCAAAAAAGCCCACAUCAAUUGAUUUGUCUCCAACUUCGUCUGAACAAGACUUCAUUAGUAAAAGUAAUUUGACAACACCUGGAUCAUGUGGAAUGUAUUUAGAACCGUACAUGCGUCGAUUAUACAAUAUAGAUGAUCAUUGGCAUCACUCAAAACUGACAAUAAACUCGACGGAUUUUGAAUAUCCGGAAGUUAGAGGAACGAAUCAGACCCCGACUAAUGGAUCUGCGCGCCUACCGUCAACCGAAUUUGAUGUCUCUUCAUAUGGAAGCAUAACGCCAACAAACGGUAAAAAGACGCCUACAACAACUCAAACCGAAUUUCACAGUAUAUUGGACUUAGAAACAACAUCAUCAAAUGGAGAAAUGUCGUAUCAUACAGCUGGGAGCAAUGAUAGUAGAAAACAAUUAGUAAGAAAAGAUAAUGAUGUUCGCAUACAAAAAGAAAAUGAACAUUUACAUUCAACAACGUCAUUUACUAAUGAUCCAAGUGACAAUACGUCAAAACAAUUUAAAUUCGAUGUAUAUGAAUCAUUCACUUCGCCCGAUGAUAGUUAUUAUGAUGCAUUAGCAUCUCCGAUUAUGAUUGAAAUAGACUCUAUAUCACCAAUGACGAACAAUUUGAGUUCAUUAAUUCACCAGAUAAAUGAAAUAAAUCGAAGUGAACACGUUAAUACUCAAAAUAUUUAUGAUAUUGUAAAAUCGAUAUUAGAAAAAUCUGAUAGUGAACCAAGUGAACCCAAGGAAUUAGUAUCGAUAAGUAACAAUGAACAGUAUACAACAGCCACAACGCCAACUGAGAAAGAUUCAUUAUGUACACAAUCUCAAACGGAUAAUUUAUAUAAAAUUAUUUUAGAAAUAGAUGAUCUCGUAAUUUUACCACCGACAAGGCCACCACCCGACGGAUCAGAAAGAAAAUCACCAGAUAAAUAUAGUAGUCCUGAAUCGGAGGAUGAAAUAAUCGAGUGGAAACAACAGGAUACACCUAGUGUUAAUAAUUUAGCGACCAUCAUUCAAAGCAUAAGACAUUCAACAAAGACAGAUAAUAUACAAAAUUUAAAAAAAAUAGUCGGUCAAGCUUUAAGUUAUGAUCAUCAAUCGGACACAGUGUUCGAUUCAACAGAUAUUGCUUCACCUAUUGAAGAACUGACUACACCGGACGUAUUUGAAUCUAAACCAUCUGGCUGUAUGGAUGGUUUACUUUUUGUCUACGAUGAUCUUGUAACGCCAACAGAAGAGAUUGCGGAUAUUGUGCCCAGUAUAUAUGAGAAAGAUACAAAUGUUGAAACACAAAAUUUAACUGCAAUAGUUAGUUCCGUCACGGCAUUGACUCAAAGACCACCAACAUCAUCUGGUAUCAAUGAUUUACUUCUAGUGUACGACGACGAUGAUAUUAGUCCCGCAGAAGAGAAACAACUGAUCGAUUUUCCUUUAGAUUCGAAUAAUGUGAAUAACCUAGUAAAAACUGUCGAGCUUAUUUUUAAACAUUCCAUACAAAAUGAUGCUGUAGAAUCAGAUCAUGAUCAAUAUAAGGAUUUUAUGGAAAUAGUCGAUCAAGUUCCACAUACAAACUUGUUAAAUAUAGUUAAUGAAAUCAUUAAGCACCAUAAAACUACAUCAAGUCUAAUCAGAAAAACAACAUGGACAAAAUCGUCUUCGUUAACUGAUGCACAACAACCACAACAUGUAGUUGAACAAGAAUCAAUAGUAGAAAAUCUAAAAUCAAUUAUUAAUGAACAUAAUAUUGCACAAGAACAAUCGUCGUUACAAGACAAACAAAUUCCGGUCAGUCAUCUAUCACAAAUUGUUGGCGAUACAUUUCUAAUUAGUUCAAAAUAUUCGUAUCCAAAAGUAUUCGGUAUAAUAAAAGACAAUAAUGAUAUUCAACAGUCUCAAGAACAAUCUCAAGAAACUAGUUCUACAUCAUCGUUAAAUAAUAAUCGUGAAUAUUCCGAAAAUAUACAACCAUCAGUUUUAACCAUUAAUAUUACGCAAAAACCUCUUACUCAACGUUUGAUCGAUGAAAAUAUCCCUGAAGAAUUGUAUGAAGAAUAUGGUUAUCGUCGCAUAACGAGAGAUCCCGAGACAAACAGUGUCGUAGAAAAGCUUGAAGAAUGCAUGCGUCGUUACAAAAACACUAUUAACGAUUAUCAAACUGCAAGUGAAAGUGUUGAUAGUCAACUAAAUGAUAUUUCAGAACGAUUAAAAUCAGAAUUAUACGACAGUAAACAUGAGUUUGAUGAGACACUGCCAUUUGAUCGAGUAUCAUCAUCAAUCUAUAGUGACAGUGAAAUGAGAGAUACAUCUGGUCGAUCUUCUGCAGAAAUGCAAGCACCACCGAGCAGACCGACAUCAAGUUCCCACGAAACACUAGAUUCGCCAAUCCAAAUUCGAAUUACUGAUAUGCAGAAUAUGCCACAAAUGCAUACAUUUUCAACAACAUUCGAUACUGUUUCGAAUAUCGAACAAGUGCCUGUACAUCGAAACUAUAUUUCAAGUUAUCCGCCUUUAUCUCAAACAAACGAACGUAAAGAAUACUACACCACUGAUAAUUCAUUGGUACCAAAAAUGGGUCAACUCUCGGAUGCUGCUGUCGGAUACAUAUCGGCGAUGCAACCGAGACAAGUUAUUAUCACACGAUCAGUUAAAAAUUUAGGUGGUGGAAAUCGAAAUGUUCCAUCAAAAAUGAGUGUAUUACAAUUCCUAAUAAGUAGUGCUGUACCACUACGUGGCGGAUUAAGUUCAAUGAGUAUGCAUGAUGGUGAUCGCUUAGGAUUGAUCCCGUUUACAAGUCAACGCGUCAAAGAAAAACAUUUAGAUAAUAUUCGAAAUAAAAAAGGAAUUGGUAUGCAACGUAUACGAGAAAUUAUCUUACAUGAGAAAAAAGAAGUGAAUGAUACGUUAAAGAAAAUGGAUGAUGACAUUCGUACAGAUGUUGCCAAUUUGGUAUCAAAAAUAGCUAAUGAAGCAACACAAAAACAAUUAUUAUUGGCUGAAAAAACUGUACUAGAACAAGAAUUGAAAGCACUGGAUACUGCGCAUAAGUCUGAUGUUGAUCAACUGCGUUCAAAAGUGGAUUCGGCACCAUUUUUUGAAUCCGAAUUAUCACAAGCGAUGCGUGAAAUACAAAAACAAUUUGAAAGUGGAGAUCAGCUAGGCUUGAGACAUUUUGCCGAAGAAGCGGAAAAAAUAAUAAAUCGUGGAAGAUCGCUAUUAGAUAGUCUCAAUUUAAGAUUAAUGAAAUCUCGUGGUAAUGAACAAAUUUUAUUUAAUAAUUAUAAUUCAAAAAUGUCACAUUACGAUGAAAUGAGUUCAGCUUCCUACAGUUCCUAUAAAUCACAGAUAGCUCCACGAUCAACCAAUGUUCAACGCCGUGCAGCAGGACCAGGAGGAAUCAUGACGCGAAUGUAUCAGUCAUAUUCUUCAAGUGGUGGAUUUGGUGGUGGUAGUAUCGGUGCUGGAAUGGGCGGUUUGGCAAGUAUUGCAGGUUUAGGAAAUUUUGCCGGUAUUCCAUUACGUCCAAAUCGUGGUACAUCAGCUUUGGUUGCUGUCAAUGAAACACGUGAACGUGAAAAACGAGAAUUAUGUCAAUUGAAUGAUAAAUUUGCUCAAUACGUUGAAAAAGUACGAUUUUUAGAAGCACAAAAUCGUAAAUUACAAUUAGAAUUAGAAGCUUUACAAAAUAAAUCUGGUCAAGGUUCAUCAAAAAUAAAAGAAAUGUAUGAAGUCGAAAUGAGUGAAGCAAAAAAAUUAAUCGAUGAUACAACACGUGACAGAGCUGCGGCCGAAGUAAAAGCACGAGAAGCUGAAAAAGAAGCGGGACGAUAUCGUAAACGUUAUGAAGAAAUUUUAAACUCAAGAGAGGCUGACCGCGGAGCGAUCGAUCGUUUACAACAAACCAUCGCCGAAAAUGAAGCACAAAUCAACUUAUUUCGUCGACGACUUGGUGAUCUUGAAGAUGAAGCAAGACGUUAUAAAGCAGAAACUCAACGUUUAACAUCGGAAAUAGCUCGUCUACAAAAUGAAAUUCAAAAUGAAACAUUUGUUAAAUCAUCAUUGGAUACAGAAAAAAUGGCAUUGGAAGACGAGUUAGCAAUGUUAAAACAAAUGCGACAAAUUCUUUGUACGUCUUCUGGGAAAAUGAUUAGACGUGUCAGUUUAUUACAUGAUCGUAUUGAACGAAUAUUUGAAUGA